AUGGUAAUGAAUAUAGAUGUGAUAGAACCUUUGGAUAGAAUAAGAAUAUCUUCAAAUGAGAUAAAGAGCAAUAAGAUAGCUGCCAUUUACAAACACAGUGUGGACCAAGCGAGUGAGCAACAACAACUUUUUGUUGGAUUGACCAAUGGGGAUUUACUAAUAUAUAAUGCUGUUAAAGACACAUCUUUGGAUGAAUCUGGCCAAAUAUCAUUGGCUGAUACCAGAACAAUACUGGUGUCAAGUGCUAUUUCAAUAUCAACACACUCGUCAUACCAGGAUAUCAAACGAUUAUUUCGUGGUCAUGAGAAUCGCAGCUACAAGCUAGCCAAUUUGUUUAGUAAUAUAACUAAAGAUGGGUCGAGUAUCAACAAGAUUGAAUCUUUGCCUAUAUCCACUACAAAAUUGAUUAUACUUAUAACAACAUUAACUUCACUCGAGAUAUUUGAAAUUGUGGGGAGUCACAUAAAUCAGAUAUACCAUGUCCCUGAGAGUAAGAAUGCAUUGAGUUUUUAUGUACUCAAUAAUGACCGGAGAUUGUUUUUUGUGGGAAUUAAGAAAAAGUUAAGUGUAUUUCAAAUUGUUAACAAAUCUAGAAACAUAUUUCAAUUCAAUAAAUUAAAGGAAAUAGUGAUGAAGGACAAAAUACGAUCAAUAGACAAGUUUGACGAGGAUUCGAUAAUUAUUGGACUCAUAAAUAACUAUGUUAUUUGCAACUUUGUUGACUUUAGUAUAUCUCCAUUGGUAAUUGAAAAUAAUGAUAAUAUGCUUAGUCUGGGAACCUCUUUUGGUUACUUUGGCUUAUCUUCCUCAGCUCCGCUGAUGUGGACGAUACAAAUAAGUGAUGAUUACUUUUUGUUGGUAAAGGAUACGCAAAUUGUUAAAAUUGAUAGACGGAAUGGUCCCGGCAUGAUUUUGUCAUCGAUUAAAUUAUCUGGAAUCCCCACUGAAGUUUUAUUUAUAUAUCCGAUUUAUUUAUUUGUUGUCUAUCCUAAGAAGAUAGAAAUUGUGGAUGUUACAAGUGGAGAUUUGAUUCAAAAAUUGGGUCAUAGUAUUAAUUCUAGCCAUUCUAGUGUUAUUUUAACCAACUCAGUGAUCAGUAUAGGUUCUGGAACUGACAUAUUACAAUUCAGUAUCUUACCAUUCCAAGCACAAAUAGAUCAGUUUUUGAGUAUAUCUGGGAAGGGGACACUUGGGAAUAUCAGGGAUCCUCGCAAUGACUUGAAGUUUGUUGGAAUUGAAAAGGCAAUAACUUUAGUUUCCAAUAUUGAUGAGGCUAAUUCUUUGUUCAAUGACGCGAAAAACAAAUUGAUGAAAUUAAGGUAUUUGUAUUCUUUAAAGGCAACUUUGUUAUUUGAAUCUUACUCAAAGUAUCAUGAGGCUUUGGUAGAUAUAUCUUCAGAAUGGCUAGUUUCUUUCACUGAUGUAUUAAGCUUGUUCCCAACAUUUGUUAAUGGUCAACUAAGAUCAAGGGGCGUAACCAGCGACGGAAAUGGAAAUGAAAAUAAAAAGAACUCGUCUUUAAAUGUAAUUAAGCGCAUUACAGUUGAAGAACUCGAACUUAAUAACUAUUCAGAAUCAGAAUAUGAUACCGAUAACACGUCAAAAAAAGCUAUGGCGCUGAAGCAAUCACAUGGACAGUCAGUAAAAGCUCAGAAUAUCAGGAAAUUCAUUAAGGCUGUAAAUAACUUGAUAAUAUAUCUUACUGAUCAACGAAGAAUUUUGUCAACCUUCAUGGACAAAGAUGUUUUGGCUUGGAAAAAUAUUGAAAUUAACCCAAGUGAUAUUUAUCCUGAAUUUGAUGGAAACUUAGAGACGGUGGCCACUGUGAUUGAUACUUCCUUAUUCUUGUGUUAUUUUUAUUGCAAGCCGAUGUUGUUGGGUCCUUUAUUAAGAUUACCCAAUAAUUAUUGUGAUUCCAAGGUAGUCAAUGAAUGCUUAUUGAGCAAUAUUCAUAACCAUGUUCAGCAACGCAACUCCAAGCAACCUAAUUUUAUUAAGGAGUUGCUUGAUUUUUAUUAUGCAAGGAGCUUGCAUGAAGAGGCCUUGGAAAUGUUGUACAACUUGGCUCAUGAUGAAGGUACAAUCGAGCACUCAAACGAAGAAGACAACAAGUUUGACGAUUUUAUAAAGGGGCCCGAUUUAACAAUCCAAUAUUUACGGAAAUUGACGGACGAAAACUUGUAUUUAGUAUUGAAAUAUUCCAGUUGGGUGAUUGACCAAGAUAAAAAUGCUGCUCGUUUAGUAUUCAUGAAUGAUUCGUAUGAAUGCGAAAGCUAUGAUAACACCAAAGUAUUACAAUUUUUAUGUAAAAAAGAUCAAGAUUUGGGAAUCAUGUAUUUAGAGUGGUUACUUUUCGCUAGUGAUAUUUCUGAAAGUUUGAAAAAAUCGAAAUUGUACCUGCAACUUGAAACAAAGUUAUGCUUAUUGUAUUUGAAACAGUUGAAGAGCGGGAAAAAUCAAAACGAUUAUUACAACAAAUUGCAAAACAUUUUGAAAACAUCACAGACUUUUGAACCAUGGCUGAUUUUGAAGGAAAUGCCCACUACUCAAGAUAAAUAUUUAAGAUUGACUAUUUAUAUAUAUAAGAAGCUAGGGGAGCAUGAAAAGUCAAUUGACGUUUUAUUUAACCAAUUAAAUGAUUUGGAUGCUGCCAUGGAGUACUGCCUUGAGAUAUAUAAUCGACAUCAGAGCUCAGCUUUGGGAUCGGGUUUAUUUUACAAACUAUUAGAGGAUUUGUUGAUGAAUUAUCAUGAAAACUGUGAACUAAUUGUCAGAUUAUUAUCUGAACACGGUACUAAGAUUCCAAUUUUAAAGACAUUAUCUGUGCUACCCAGGUCGUUUCCCAUGCAUAAGCUAAAGACAUUUUUCACAAUAGAAAUUAACAACACCAAUGAAAACGUCAAGGAUAGCCAUUUAGUGUCACAAUUGUACAAGGUGGGGUCGACCAAUCUACAAUAUAAAGUAAUGACACUUCAGAAUGAAGGGUAUAAAAUUGGUUCGAGUAAGCAACCUUGCGCAAUAUGUAACAAACGAUUGGGAUACAGUGUUUUCACAGUAACUAAAGACCAUGAAGUUGUUCAUUAUGGCUGUGCUCAAAAUCGAAAAAAGUAG